CACUCCCCAGGCUACACUUUUCACAAUGCGCCUCCCUCUCCAGGAUAUGACGCCCAGCAGCAAGCUUUACAGCAGCAACAGCAGCAGCAGCAGCAAUCGCAGCAGUACAUGGGAAUGGCCGAUGCACCGAUGGUUGGGUCUGAUUACGGUCCACACGCGAAUGGCAAUCUCCAGACUAUGCCCGCUGCUUAUGCCACCAACGGCCUGCACAGUCCCGCACCUACGGAUAUAUGCGGAACCGCGAGCCCGGGCUCGAGCAUGGAACAGCGGACUAAUACGUACGCAUACAACUCGUCGCCGUAUGCGUAUUAAAUCACGAGGUAGCAGUGCCUCGUCCACCAGGCCGUUUAAAGUUACAUACACAAAUGACGAGUGUGACCACAUACCGUAGUGGCUGCUAAUCUACGGCGUCGUGUACGGUUGAAUAAUUUUAUUUUCAGGACAGAACGCAUGUGCCCCAAAAUUAUCGGCACCGACGGGUUGCACAUACACUACCGAUCACUAUGCUAUUAUUACCACAAACAACAAGAACUAGCUCUGGCAGCAAGCAAGGUUUUUUUUUUUUUUUUUUUUUAAAGAGCUCCUGCGGAGGCUGGACAGUAGACGAUUACACAAUAACGGCCGGCUUGCAUCAUUUUUCUUUGUCAUUUCUUUUUUCAAACGUUGGCAAAUUUCCUCUCUCUUCUAAUUCUUUUUUAUACCCUCACAAGCACGCAUUUCAUUUCAUCAGUAAGAUUGAUUCACAAUUUGAGAGAAAAAGCGAAAGAGCGACACUCAUUGCGACUUGUUUUAUGACUAUUACUUUUUUUCUUUUGUUUUUCUACAUGGGCAACGGCCGAGGGGAGGGGAUCAAACUUGCACUUUUCUGUGUGCUGAUGUGCGGGGGAUAUUUGGGGCUGGUACACGAUUAUGGAGGGCUUCUGCGGUUAUGAAGUGGGCGCAUUACGGGGGAAUGGGUUGUCUUUUUUUUCGGUUGAUUAUUUUGUUGCUGUUACUGUUGCUGUUGGCUAAUUCAGUUGGGAAAAUGUCUAAACGGCCUUUUGGGAUGAAUCAUUACAAGCGGGGAGGGGAGUAGGAGAAACAAAAAUAUGGAUUACUUGUUACAACAAACAUGUAUCAAAAGGCCUACAUUUAUUAGAAUAUAUUGUGGAUGCAGCAAUGCAGACGUACAAGUAAAUACGCCCUCUCUUUUGUGUGUUUAAGGAGUAGUAUUGAUGCAGGAUUUCAGCAUAAUGUGCCUACCUAGGUAUAUGUAAUGUGAUGGAUCAAAUUGCGUAUAUUAAACAGAGAGCAACGAAAUGUUACCUGCGCCUGUAAUGUACCUGUAAGUUACAGGCAGCAAAUCGGAGUAAUCAAGUUGGCAAUUCCGUUAAACAAAAAAAAAAAGCGCAACCAUUAUCCCAACGAGGUAAGAAAACAAAACAAGAAAAAGGCCUUUAUCCGAAGAGGAAGCUCUGCGUGUAUGUCGCACAAGGAAGGAAGACAACUACUAGUACGUACGUACGGAUAAAACGUAAUAUCUACUUCACACAUACCUUCAAUUAAGACUUUAGCGAACAGGGGGGAAAAAAAACAAGGCAAUAGAAUGUAAAUUGUUUGAGUACUCCUUGUAUUUAGCUUUUUUUUUUUUUUUUCUUGCAAGGAAAUGGACAUUAAGCCGAAACCUCAUUAGUUGGAAGGAAGAGAGGGGGAGUGAAUCCCUUUGAUUAGAUUGCGAAUUACUUGCCGAAAGUUUUUUUGUGUUUUGUAAUGAAAGGGAUGCAUUUAAGAAAUGUAACUGGGUGUCAAAGUCUGUUCUCUUUUUUUUGGCUUUAGGUUUCGGGAUGCAAAUCUAACUUUCCGUCAAUUUUUUUUUUUUUUUUUUUUUUUUUGGCAUUUAUGUGAUUUUUGAUUUGUUUGUACUUGUCAAGCUUGUAUAACAUACUUUUUUGCUUUUAUGCAGCUUAAACAGGGUGUGGGACUCGUAUAUAAUCCUUCUCAGAAACUCGGGAGAGGGAAAAAAAAAACACCAAAGCACGUCUGCGAUGCCUGUCUUAGUACCUAGAUGGGCAAUCCUACACCGGUAAUGGGGCGGCUGCCCAUAUACCCAGGGCAUCGUCGCAUAUCGUCGCAUAUCGUGCCGUGCCUAAACCAAGUUAGGUAUGUGCAAGCGUCGUUUAGUCAGUGACGGAGCCAGCAAUUUUGGCAGCUUGGCAGCCAUGCUGUUUGGUUUUUUUGUUGGUUCGUUUCGUUUACUCAAGGGGAAAGGAAGAGAAAAAAAAAGAGGUUCCAUUGCAGCGAAGCGAAGUGUUUCCCCCCCCCUCGUCUAAAAUCCUCCAUACAAGAAAGCCAGAGGAGGCGGCC